GCGAUACCGUAGAUGAAAUCGCGUUUUAUCAAUAAACUGUGUAAUGGUGUCAGUGAAAACAAACGUAAUAUCUGUGGAAUUGUAGGCCAGGAUCCUGUAUAUAUGAUCGUUUUGAUUUUACAUGGACACUCUUUAAUAGAGUAUGAAGUAAUAUAGGUCCGUUUUGUAUAUUUCAAACCACAGAAUGGGUGGUAAAUCAUCAUCGUUUAUGCAGAAGGUCGUAUCACCAGUGUCGCAGUACAUGGGAUACGGGGAGUCGGCGGGGGACGAAGCCAGCAAGAGUGGACAAGGCAGAGUACUGGGCGAGGGGUUCGGGAUGCCCGUGAGAUUAGCUAACCCGUUUGUUCUAACGCGGACAAGCUCCAUGUACUUUGAUGAAGAUGGCCAGGUUGCUCAUGAAUUUUAUGUGGAAACUCCAGUAAGAAGUAAGACAAAGAAAGGCAGGAGGAGAAUGGGGAUGAGAAGGAUUUAUCAUAAUAUAUUCCCACAGGGAGAAAUACCGGUAGACCCACCUAGGUUACGAGGAGAGAUUCCUGCAGUCAUGACCGAGCUAUGACAAAUACUAUCCAUGUAUAUCAGAUGAAAUACAAGAAUUUAUGUGAUGCUGCUCUUUAAGACAGAAAUGCCAAAUAUUAUUGGGCUGCAUUGAUGAUUGUGCACUGUUCUGUUCAUGCCGAGAGCCUGUUAGAGAAACGCUGGUGAUGUCUCUGAUAAAAUCAAAGGUGCAAAGUUAAAUGUGAGCCGUAACAAAUAAUGUUCAGAACAGAGCCCAACUUGGGCUUGAGUACAAAUGUUGUGGGAUAUUGGUUCAGAGACAGAAAUAGUCAAAAGGAUAAGCUACAUUUAUACGACUUGCGCACAAGUCUAAGAUUGCCUAAGUCAACGCAUUGAACUCAGUCCCGUCAAGUCAAGGUCCACGAACAUAAAGUUGACUGAACAUGUACCGGUAGUUGGAAUCCAAUGUAUUUACUCUUUCUAGGCAGCUUGUGGCAUCUGAUGAAACCUGAUGAUGUAAAAGCACUAGAAUGUAAUUAGAUUGCUCUCUACUGAACAAAGGGCAAAGUAAACAAGAACAGAUGUAACACAUGUUUAAGAAGAGUUACACUAGUAAGAGAUGCUGUGGAGAAUCAAUGUGUAGAUUUGAAAUGUCUUCAUUGCAAUUUAGAGUGUGAAAAAUAUUGGUAUGAGCGGGCCUGUAUCUCAUAUAGUAUUACAUACUGAGGACUGAGGAGAAUAUUUUAUACAUGUAACGAUAAAGUCAUUGUUUAAGGCAUAAUGAAUAUAAACCUUCCUUUGUUGUCAAUGUUGUCCUUUACAUUCAUGUGUGUUCCUUCUAUGUGUUUGUGUACUUCUAGGCUUCCUUUGAUUAAUUUAUGGUCAUGACAGAAUUGUGUUAUUUAAUUUGUUGUUGGACCUUAGAAGCUAUCAUUCAAUCAUGUCAGCAAAUAUAAAGACAAUCACCAUUAGAAGAACAAAUGUGAGAUUGGAUGCUAAAACAGUUGUAGACUUGCAAGCAUAAAAAGGCUUUUAGUGUGUGUAUACAUGUAUCUUGAUUAUCCCUGUUAUUUUGGUCUAGCACUUACAGCCUGUGUUGUAUGUAUAGUUGUAUACAUGUACAUCAUAAGUGUUUUUAGAAUAUUGAGUGUCAAAUGUGGUGAUAUUUUACAUCUUCAGGAAUUGUCCUUGAUUCGGCAGGUAUGCACUAUAUACAUGGUAUAUUCUUAUGAAAUCUAAGCUGCAAAAAAAAAUAAAGCAAGCACUAAAUCAUUCAUUGUGCUUUGAUAAUAUUUUAGAGAUAUCAUUUCUGACCAAAAUCUGUGAAACAGUCGAGAGCUAUUAUCCCAUGUUUUUUGGUGUACUUUUUGAGAACUGAUGAAAGAAACCAGGUGAACAUUCUUGGCAUAGUUUCUGCAUAAUUUUUGUGCCGUUUGAAAAUGGAAUUGAGUGUAUUUAGGUCUAUCUGUAGGUAAGGAUUAUGAUAACAUGUACUGUUAUCUUUUGACCAAUCUUGACUUCUGUAUCAACAUUCCUAGAUCAGAGUAUUUACCCACCAAUGAAUGAUAGAACAAAUAUAUUUCAAUAUAGUCUUGUAUGCUAGUAAUUUGACCUUCGAUUUCUUCAGGUAACUUGUGUCACAAGAAGCUAUUUUUAAUUUUAUUCAAGAGCAGAAUGAGGGAGGAAGGAAUAAUUUUAGCCAUGCAUCAUACAGUUAUUAUUAUACAUGUGGUUAGUUUGCUCUGACUAAGUGCUGCCCAUCGUACUAAGAACAGAAUUCUCUUACAUACCUGUACAUGUACUUUAUAAGGAUGAAAACUGAAAAGUCCUGUAACUGAAGUGUAUAGAUAUAGUUAUUAAUGGCUGGUAAGACAAGAAUUAUGAGAUCUGAAACAUGGAAAGCAAUUCUUUGUAUUUGAAAUCAGUCCUGUGCUUUCUUCAUGAAAAUAAUUAUGCCUACUGUAGUACCGGUAUGCAUUAUUGUAGAAAAUGGCUGUUGACUUUGUUUUAAUGUGGUAUUUUAUUAAACAUUGAAUGUCUGCCUCCAGUGUUAAGCACUUUGUGGAGUUUUUGAGCAAUCGUUGCCAUAUGCCUCGCAUGUUUUGCAUAUUUUUAUAGUUCAUUUUUUUAAAUUUAACAAUAUGCUUUUCAAAACAAUAUACAGUAUGAACAUGUGUAUAUGUUGCCUUUGUCAAGACCAAGAAUGCUCAGGAGAUUUAGUUUGCAAAGUCCAUAAAAUAAUAAAUAUGAUAUAAUUACUAGA